CACAAUUCUAUGGCUACUUGUUCAGCUUAUCUUUGUUGUCCUGCCACUUCUGCUUCUUUAAAGAAACGUGUUUUUCCAGAUGGGUCCGCUGGAUUCUUGUUUUUUGGUGGUCGUCGUUUGUCGAACCGGUUAGUGACCCCAAAGUCUGUCAUCCGAGCUGAUUUGAACUCCAUGGUCUCUGACAUGAGUACCAACGCUCCAAAAGGGCUAUUUCCACCUGAACCUGAACAUUAUCGGGGGCCAAAGCUGAAAGUAGCUAUUAUUGGAGCUGGCCUUGCAGGCAUGUCGACUGCUGUGGAGCUCUUGGAUCAAGGACAUGAGGUGGAUAUAUAUGAAUCAAGGACCUUCAUUGGUGGGAAAGUGGGUUCUUUUGUUGAUAAACGUGGGAACCACAUUGAAAUGGGACUGCACGUGUUCUUUGGUUGCUAUAAUAAUCUAUUCCGUCUGAUGAAAAAGGUGGGUGCUGAAAAAAAUCUGCUAGUGAAGGAGCAUACUCACACAUUUGUAAAUAAAGGGGGUGAAAUAGGGGAGCUUGAUUUCCGCUUUCCAGUUGGAGCGCCCUUACAUGGAAUUAAUGCAUUUUUGUCUACUAAUCAACUAAAGACUUAUGAUAAAGCUAGAAAUGCUGUAGCUCUUGCCCUUAGUCCAGUGGUGCGGGCUUUAGUUGAUCCAGAUGGCGCAUUGCAGCAGAUACGUGAUCUAGAUAGUGUAAGCUUUUCUGAUUGGUUUAUGUCUAAAGGAGGGACGCGCGCUAGCAUCCAGAGGAUGUGGGAUCCUGUUGCAUAUGCUCUUGGAUUCAUUGACUGUGACAAUAUCAGUGCUCGGUGUAUGCUCACUAUAUUUGCAUUAUUUGCCACUAAAACGGAGGCUUCCCUACUGCGCAUGCUUAAAGGUUCUCCUGACGUUUAUUUGAGUGGUCCAAUUAAGAAGUACAUCAUAGACAAGGGGGGAAGGUUCCAUCUGAGGUGGGGAUGCAGAGAGGUACUCUACGAGACAUCCUCUGAUGGAAGCAUGUAUGUUAGCGGGCUUGCCAUGUCAAAGGCCACUCAGAAGAAAAUUGUAAAAGCUGAUGCCUAUGUUGCCGCAUGUGAUGUACCUGGAAUUAAAAGAUUAGUACCUCAGAAGUGGAGGGAAUUGGAAUUCUUUGGCAACAUUUACAAACUGAUUGGAGUGCCUGUUGUUACUGUGCAACUACGAUACAAUGGCUGGGUUACGGAGUUGCAGGACUUGGAGCGUUCAAGGCAAUCAAAGCGCGCUACAGGUUUGGACAAUCUCCUGUACACGCCAGAUGCAGAUUUCUCUUGUUUUGCAGACCUUGCAUUGGCAUCUCCAGAAGAUUAUUACAUUGAGGGACAAGGCUCGUUGCUUCAAUGUGUCCUUACGCCUGGCGACCCUUACAUGCCUCUACCAAAUGAAGAAAUCAUAAGAAGAGUGUCAAAGCAGGUUUUGGCGUUAUUUCCUUCUUCCCAAGGUCUUGAGAUAACCUGGUCAUCAGUUGUGAAGAUUGGGCAAUCCUUAUAUCGUGAAGGACCUGGUAAAGACCCGUUCAGACCUGAUCAAAAGACGCCAGUGGAAAAUUUCUUUCUUGCUGGCUCAUAUACAAAACAGGACUACAUCGAUAGUAUGGAAGGGGCAACUCUUUCAGGCAGACAAGCUUCUGCAUACAUAUGUGAUGCUGGAGAGCAGCUGUUGGCGCUGCGAAAAAAGAUUGCUGCUGCUGAGUUAAACGAGAUCUCUAAAGGUGUAUCGCUAUCGGAUGAGUUGAGUCUUGUCUGAUGACUGCAAAUCAUUCAGAAAUAUAAUUCAGUUAGGCAGUGCAUAAGGAAGAAUUCUUCUAAAUUUUUGAGUCUCACAAUUAUGGAAAUCAAAAUAUGUUUUAAAAAUGUUGUAUGUAUGUAAUAUUAGUAAAUCUUCAUAGUGAUGUAUGUAUCUAUUCUGCCACGCUUCAGUUUAGUGAAAUGGAACUUAUUGCUGCAUCAAUC